AUGGCAUCUCGCUUGGUGGAAACCGUCAUGAUCAACGUGGAUGAUUUUUCCGACAGUUUUCUUACUUGUGGCACCUGUUUCAGCGGGUACAAUAGGCGAGAUCAGGCUGCCAAGUUACUACCAUGCUCGCAUACAAUCUGUCUUUCCUGUCUGAACCGAAUCUUGGAAACACAAGUACCAUCUGCUUCCUUUCGUUGCCCCAUUUGUCGCGAAACAAUUGCAAUUCCUGCUGGUGGGGCUUCCUCAUUUCCCCCUGCCUUCAUUGUCAAUCAAUUGCUGGAUUUGCUUGCAACUCAGCGGCGUGACGUUGUCCCGAAGUGCCGCUCACAUCCGAAUCAAGAGCUGCUGUUUUGCGAAACCUGCGAUGUGGUGUUUUGCUCAGACUGCCGAGGCCGUAAUCAUGAUGCUCCGACGAACGUUAACUCACAUGACAACGGAUCGCAUAGUUCGCAGUGGACAGAUGAGCCUUCUUUGGCAGCAGGCUCUUCCACCAGUUCGGCAUUAAACCAUAACGUGAUCAGUUUCAAUGUGGCAAUAAAACGAUGCACAGAGAUCAUGUUAUACAAAAUGCAUUUAUGUGUGCAAGAGCUCAAUAACGCUCAAGAUGCGGUUUCCGCCGAAUUGGAUCGGCUCUCGAUUAAUAAGAACACGUGCGUCGAGGCGAUCGACUCGAAAUUUUCGGAAGUGAUGGCCCUCGUUGAACGUCGUCGGACGGAGCUGCUGGACACAGUGAGACGUCUCACGGACGAAAAGCAACGUUCUCUGGUCGAUCAGCUCUCCUUAAUCGAAUCCGAACGCGAAGCAAUUCAUCGCGAGUGCAGCAGCUUAAAAGGAAUCUUGGAUGUACGGAGCAUUUCCAAGGCCAUCAAUUACUUGAACGACAAAUUGGACACAGUCACCAGUCUUAUGGAACCGAGAGAGAAUGCUUUUCUUCGCUAUCAGGACUGCCCUGCACCAUCUGGUCCCCGUCGGGGCUUGCGCACUGCGAGGUCUAGCGUCGAACGAUCUGUGAGAAAUGGCUCAGAUUCUCCUCUGGAACACUCCGGUGCAUCGGGUGGUGCCACAUUGAUUGAUCUCGCUCGCUGUCUUACUGCUUUUGGUCGCAUUCUCGUGAGCACUACAUACCCAGCAUUGUGUACUGCAAGCUUGCCCUCUCAGCUCGUGAUUCACUGGACUGUCAAGGUCGUCAUCCGAGCUGUCGACUAUCAUGUUCAGCUGGAUUCGACCACUACUCUAUUCGCCUGUUCAUUAAAUGGCAUCAGUCGCAUCCUCACACGUCGCCGAGGUUUGUCCUCUAUCCCCUUGCGUCUUAAUAUCUACGGUCAAAGAUAUUCCAUUAAGCAACUGCCCAAAUGA